CUGACAGGAGACUACAGGGAUGGCGAGGGGGACAGGAUGCUUGGGAUAAAAACAGCACAAGUCAGAGCAUCUUCAUCCGAACACCUGAGCCGAUCCUCCCUUGUCUUCUUCUACUGGACCCUGGUGGUUUCUUCUGCACUCUGGUGAUCUUUGUUUGUCUCUGCUGAUCCUGAUGCUCUCUGACGGGUCAGUGGCGCGAUCACAGGAACAAGGUGAGGUUACUUGCGGGAGGAUGCUCAAAACAGGCGAACGUUAAUAAAAACUCUUUUGGGGUCUCUUGGUUUCUGAUGACUUGGGAGUAUUCUGGAAUGUUCCUAUGCUCACUUUGAAGCGGGACAUCUCGUGACAUUGUUCGCUGACGAGCGUUAAUAUUCAUGAGCAGGACUUCAUUAUUUAUUGAUGACUCAUUAGCAUAAACUCCGCUGACUGCUGGUGAUGCGGCAAUCAUUUUUUUUUUACUUUUGUGUUUUUCAUUAAUUGUUUCCUCCCAUCACCUCCUCGUGUCCUUUUCUCCUUGUAUGCAUCCUAGUUUGCUAGGUGGGAAAAGUUGUUUAUGUAAUAAUUCUGCUGCAGGAAGUAGGUUUGGAUGUUUCCAUGGUGACAAAAUGUCUGACUGCUGGCUGCACGAAGAGAAAGUAGUCAUGUUAACAAAUUAAUUUAGUGACUGGUCAGGACCUUCACCUUUACGACCUCAUUAAUCUGUAUGUGUUGCUUCUCCUCCAAUCACUAAUGAGUCCCUCUGCGCCAUGAAUAAUUAAUGUUAACACUUAAUGAGGAUGUUCUUCUUAAGUCUGUGCAGUCACUUCCUGUUGCAGUGCAUCAUGGUACGUGUUGUCCUCUUUGUACUCGGCCCCUUCCUGCUGACAUCAUCACUGCCACAAGGGGACACUUUGGAGUGUCCUGUGCAGUGUGUGUGUGAGACACGACCGUGGUAUACACCUCAGUCCGUCUUUCAGCAGGCUGUGACCGUCGACUGUAACGAACUUCACUUCAACAACAUUCCUGAAAACAUCUCUUCUGACACACAGGUGUUGCUCCUGCAGAGUAACAACAUCUCGUCCAUAACAAGACAACUUGAACAUCUUACCAAACUGACCGAGCUGGACCUGUCUCAGAACCAUCUAACUAAGGUGCGUGGCGUGGGGGCGUGGUCUCUGGUGACACUGUACCUGGAGGAGAACCGCAUCGAGGAGCUGGAUGACCAGAGCUUGAAGAACCUCAGCAGACUGGAGGAGCUUUACCUGAACCACAACAGGAUCUCCUCCAUCACGCCUGGUGCUUUUGUGGGCGUGGCCAACCUACUGAGGCUUCACCUCAACGCCAACCGCCUUGUGGCAAUCGACAGCCGCUGGUUUCAGUCUCUGCCCUCCUUGGAGAUCCUCAUGAUUGGAGACAACCCCAUCCUGGGGCUGGAGGACAACAACUUCCUGCCCUUGUCCUACCUCCACAGUCUAGUUCUGGUUGGGAUGGGACUGACCUCCGUUCCUGCUGCUGCCUUUGUGGGCCUGGACUACCUGGAGAGUCUGUCGCUGUGUGACAACCGCCUCAGAUCUGUCCCUAGAGAAGCUCUGAACCUGCUCCCCAAGCUCAAGUUCCUGGACCUGAACCGCAACCCGAUUGAACGAUUAAAACGAGGAGACUUCAAGGACCUUCAGCACCUUGAGGAGCUCAGCAUGAACAACAUGGAAGGUCUUGUGCUGGUGGAAGCAGGGAGCUUCCAGAACCUUCCUGGCCUGGUCAAGGUGGACUUGAGUAACAACGCUGUCUUGUCUCAUGUGCAUGCUCAUGCCUUCAGGGGCAUGUCUUCCCUGCGCACGCUCCUCCUUCACAACAGCAGGCUCCGCCUCCUGUCAGGUGACCUGCUGGAGGCCCUCCCCUCCCUGGAGGAGGUAUCCCUGCACUCUGACCCACUGCGGUGUGACUGUCUCUCCUGGUGGAGUCAUUACCUGGGCAACGAGUCGCUCAUCAGGCUGCUGGAGUCCUCCAUGACACGCUGCUCGUUCCCGCCUCGCCUAUUGGGACGAGAGUUGCGGGAGGUAGCAGCCUCAGGAGGUGUGGACGGGGAGGACACUUGCCUGCCGCUCAUUUGUGACGACUCAUUUGCGUCUGAGCUGAACCUCACCACGGGAAAGACGAUGACGCUGGAGUGUCGGGCUGAUGCUGACCCCGCCCCUCAGUUCUAUUGGGUGACACCCACCGGAGACAAGGUGAGCCCGGAGCCUGCACCAAUCACAUCAGAGGAGGGGCGAAUCCUGAGCCCAAACAGGAAAUAUCAGGUGACGGAUCUGGGAACGCUGGUGAUGCAACAUGUGGAGCCGUCAGACACAGGAGUGUACACGUGUGUGGCAUGGAAUGUGGCGGGGGCAGACACAAAGAGCGCAACCGUGUCGGUGAACGCUCCAAGCUCGCUGUGGUUCAACGGAAGAGGGCAGACCGAAGAGAAGGGGUCCAGCUCACUGGUAGUUCUGGCCAAGGCAGUGAACGCGCACUCGAUGGUGCUGGCAUGGAGGUUCGAUCCCCAGGGAGGAGGGGGAGUUUCCACCCAGGAGGACAUGCCCCUCUCUUUGCCACGCUGGAGUAGUGCCACUGUGCACAUCGACAACGCUCACAUCAGCUACACCGCUAAGGUUCCCGUCGACGUUCAGGAGUACAACCUGACUCAUCUACUUCCUGCCAAUGACUACCAUGUCUGCCUCACCUUCAACGCCUUUCCCCCCACCCCCAGGCACACCUCCUGCCUCAACAUCACCACCAAGGGGGCGGCCUUCUCAGUGACACCAGUGGCAUUGCGGCGCAGCAGUGUGGCGCUGGCGGCCGUCACGGGCUCUGUGUUUGCCAUGUCCAUCAUGGCGCUUCUGGUUGUUUACAUGGGACGUCGCGUGCGCCACCACACAUCAUACGCCCCCUCCCUGAAGAAAUACAUGCAGCACGCCGCCGCCGCUAUCCCUCUGCAUGAGUACCCGCCCCUCAUCACGCUGUGGGAGGGCGAGACCGACAGGGACAAGGACGACAAAGAGUGUGGAGCAGCGAGAGGAAGUCACAUCGACACAACCAAGACGUACACGUGGUAAAAACCACUUGCCAUCACGUUAUUGUUAGCAUUAUAUAUGAGCGGCGUCACGUGGACUUGAAACCAGUGGGCGGGCUUACUGCAUGUUUGCACUCCUUUUUUGACUUUUGUAAGUGAACAUGGUCAAGCACCAAAUUGUAUACUAUGAUGAUGAUGAAGAGUGUGGAUGACAACAAAGCUGCAAAGGUCAGCAUCAUGUGAUGGCAAUGAAGGUGAGCUCGGCAACGCCUUCUGUGGCCACUAGUGGCAGAUUUGCAGUCUUUUUGUACAAAGUUUAUAUAUUUGUAUUUAUGUUGUUAAGAUGAUUGCUAGAAGACACAAUAAAUAUAAACGCUAAACACACAUGAAUCAAUAUACAUAAUGUAUAAUAAAUAAAA